UCCGAGUCAAGUUCAGACCGGGUAGUAGACGAGACACUAGCGCCCAACGUCUCCAUCAUUAAUAUUGUACUCGCUCGUUGGAAGCAUAGAAAGUUUUUUUUUGAAUUAUCUAGCACGCGUCCCAGUCACAAAGUAUAGUUUAAUUAGUUACAUACAUAAAUCAUUAUUGUGGAGAUAAUGAGGUGGUUGAACUGAUUCUCCCAAAAAUAUCUUCAGAAGUUUUGUGUUUGGUGGAGUGAACGGGCAAAUCCAAUAUCACAACCAGUUUUCGUGAGAAUCGUGGUGAACUUUUCGAAAGGACCUGUCUAUAGCUUCGUCCAGUUUCCUUUUUAUUCAGUGACAUUUCCUUACCAUCCUUGAAAUGUCAGUUUUCCGUCUCGUAAAAAACACCCUUGGAUGCAUCAGAUUCAACAGUUUUGACGAAGUUUGGCAAUCGAUUGCAGAUAUAUUAACAAGAAUUAUGGGCUACGUGAUGCGGAGAUUUCUCCGCUCCGUAAUGGUAGUCUUCAGCUGGUUCGUGAUACCGUAUAGUCGAUUAGCCACCAUCAGGAUCCCGCGAAGGAAGCUGCCGCCCAUGAAGAACCCUUUGCUGGAGAUUCCGGCCGUCGAUCUUGCCGAAAUGAUCAGAACGAGACAGAUCAAAAGCGAGGAAGUCAUACGUGCGUACAUUGAACGUUGCAAAGAAGUCAAUCCGCUUCUCAAUGCGAUUGUCCAAGAUCGCUUCGAGAAAGCUUUACGUGAGGCGAUUGCCAUCGAUGAAGCUAUUGCAAAAGGUGAACAUUCAAUUGAAGAAAUGCGAGAGAAGACGCCACUGCUGGGACUACCCGUUACAGUAAAAGAGAGCAUAGCUGUGGAAGGAAUGUCAAACCAGGCGGGACGAGUAUUCAAAACUCCCCAAAUAGCAGAAACUGACGCACCGGUAGUGGCGCAAAUUCGUAAAUAUGGCGCAAUCGUACUUUUGGUUAGCAACACACCCGAACUAUGUCUUCUGUGGGAAACUUACAACAAUGUAUCUGGAACGACGCGGAAUCCUUAUGAUUUGAAGCGAACUCCAGGUGGAUCGUCGGGCGGAGAUGCUGCUCUUUUAGCAAGUGGUGGAUCGUUACUCAGUUUAACUUCUGAUAUUGGUGGCUCGUCGCGGCUACCAGCCAUGUUUACAGGAGUAUUCGGCCACAAACCAUCUCCUUAUGCUGUCUCGUACAUAGGACAUCAUCCAACAAGUGAUUAUCCAAAAUGGGGUGACUUCUUCACUAUUGGUCCAAUGACACGUUACGCAAUUGAUUUGCCCCUCUUAUUACGAUGCAUGUGUGAUCCGAAUGGACCCCGCCUGUUCUUGGAAGGAGAAGUUGAUCUUCGUGAUAUAAGAUUUUACUUUAUGGACAAUGAUGGACCAUCCGGAAUGAUGCGUCCACUUUCAUACGAUAUGAAAACCGCAAUCAAUCGGGUUGCGAAUGACUUCAAUGCGGAGCGUGUGAAUAUCCGCAAAAUGAAAUGGUCGCUGGAUAUAUCCUUAUCAGCUAUGUUGAUUAUCGACAAUAUCGAGACGAUCUACAACAAAACAGAGGAGGGACAAAAACGCAAGACUGUCACUAUGGAAACUUUCAAAUAUCUACUCGGAUGUUCGGACAGUAUAUUUUCGUCUGUCGUGAUCGGCCAUCUCCAGAAUUUCGUGAAAGCCCUGCCUCAGUCUCGGCAUCGACAAUUGGCCUCCAUAACGGAAGCCCUGAAACUGGAGUUCCAGCAACUGUUGGGGACAAAUGGUGUCUUCCUCUAUCCAACAUUCCCGACAACAGCACAUCACCACUACGAAAUUUACCAUAAGCUCGUGGAGCCAAUGUACAUGGCUGUUUUCAACACCCUAGGACUUCCCGUUACGAAUUGUAUGAUCGGUUUAGAUAGGAACAAUCUGCCAAUGGGUUUGCAAGUGGUUGCGAAUCCUGGACAGGAUCACUUAUGCCUAGCAGUUGCCCGAGAGAUCGAACGACGCUACGGGGGAUGGGUGAAGCCACCGUUCGAACCGAAAUGAACCAGUGAUAGUGGAUACGGAUAAAGUCGAAUAUCUAGUUUUAUUGAAUAAUUUAUUUGUUAACGUUUAUUUGGUGAUUCGAAAUCUUACAAAUUAUCUGCUUAGAAAAUCUGGGUGUGAAAAUCUAAGGAAAAAUUACUAAGGACGGUGGAUAGGUGUCAUAUGAAUAUCAUGCAGAGUUUGAGACUUUUUCUAUUUGAUUUUUGCAAAUACUGAAUUGUCUUAUCAUCACUUUCGCUUUUUUUGAGUGCAUAAGGACGAAUUAAUUUGUAUGUAUUGUACCGUGUACCAUAUAGCAUUACAUGAACAAACCAAUGUAGUAUUAAGUAGCUUAAGAGAACGAAACGACUUGAUUUUAACUAGGAAACGAGUAAGAUAUUAAAGCAUAUAUUUUUCCAAAGAACCAACCGCUUGCUUCACUCGUUGCUAACCUGGAGGACCACUUCGAAGUUUGACAAUCUUUAGUUGGAUCAAACCAUUGGCAGGAUCAACAAUUUGGACUGCCAUCCAAACCACUAGCGAGUUAUUCCCUUGUACAUAUCUGGUAAAGUUAAUGGUGUGUUUGUGUGUGUGUGUGUUUGAGAAGAAUAAGAUUGCUUUCAAUACCAUUAUUUUAUUUAAUAAAAAGAUUUUAUUGAA